UUAUCUUUUACACCGAUGAUAUUGGAAUAGGUAAUAGUAGCUUUUAGUCUACCAAUGCUAGCAGGACUGUAACUAGCUUGUAACUUAGUACAAAGCAUAAUUCAUGGAAGUGGAUAUUGUGGUUGUUUUAUUUAGUAGUAGGACAUCUGAUGAUCCAAAAUAUUUCUACGAUCCAAAACGGCGGAAAUUUUCCAUUCAUGUAUUUUUGAAUUCUAUAGUUUUCAACUUUUCGCUGCAUCCAAUUUCUGUAUUAUUAUUUUCUCACUAUUUUCUCAUUCCGAGUUUUCAAACACGUUGAAUGUGAUUUGAUCACAUGCUCGCAGCCCGAGCACCGGACGAUGGAUGCUCCCCUCCUCCAUCGGGAUCAGCAACAACCCACCUCCAAGUUGCCGAGCGAGAAAUCAACUCCAGUGAACAAAGCACGGCUGUGCCCGGGGCCGCAGCCAUGAACAGCAAGAGGCUAGUGCUCCCGGCGCCGGAAUCCCCGUCGGUCGCUGCGGCGUCGGCCCCGUCCUCGCCCUAUUCCGUGCUGCACCCGUUCCUCCUCCCCUCCCCGAACCCGCACCUCCUCCUCAAGCAAAAGACGCUGACCCACUCCCUCUCCUCCUCCUCCCUCACCUCCAUGGCCUCCUCCUCGCCGCCCGCGCCCGCCGCUGACGUCUGGGAGCUCGUCACCCCCACCACCCCGCAGGUCGCCCACGUCGACGGCGGGCUUGACGACUGCGCCAUCUUCCCGCCGCGGCUCCAUGAGGGCCUGGGCUUGGGCCUGGAGGGGGAGUCCGAGGAGGCGGUGCCGGCGACGGCGGCGAAGGAGGUGGAAGUGGAGGAGGUGGGGCUGGAGGAGGAAGAGGAGGAGGAGGAUGGAGAGUGGCUAUGGGAUGCGUGGGGGUGGAGGUGGGAGAGGUGCUGCCUGGCGGUGAGGCGCGCUUGGGCGGCUGGGGUCGGGGCCGUCCAGGACCGGGUGCUCGUGCACGGCGCCUGCGGGUGCCCGGCGGUGAAGCCCGCCGUGUUGUCAGCUGCGGCGGCGGCCGCUGUGGUGGGGGCGCUUCUGUACGCCCGGCGGCGGGAUAGGAGGGAACGGGACCUGCUUGUGCUUCUCGCGAAGGAGAAGGAUAAGAGGAUAGCUCAGCUGCUGCAUCAAAUUGCUUUAAUGAGCGACAUCAGAAGCGGCAGUGAAGCAGUUAAAAUUAUCAGGAACUCGUAAUCAUUUUCACUGUUGAAAAGGUUCAGUUGCUUUGUUGUAGCAAAUCGAUUAGGUAAUUAGAGGAUCGAACCGGUUAGUGUGCAGGAUCAACAAUUGUAGGCAAACAAAGAUUAAGUUCUGACAGGUCUGAUGUUUACUUAUAAUUAGUUGCUGAAGCCAUCAUCAAGGCUGCAACCUAAUCUCAAGCAAUCGGUCGUUCAGCACUUCAUCUUUGUUUGUUCUUAAAAUAUGUAUAUAGCUGGGUGAUGAUUCGGUAAGUUGUAGAUAUGCAGACAUUGAUAUGGAUGACCCUGGACAAGGUUGUGUAUUUUUAAUUUCCAUUUUUUCCAUUAUUGUGAUCUUGAUCAUCCAUUGACGUAAACUCAGUUCUGUA